ACGUAAAAGUCUCCCCUCCUAUAUAUAUUAGCAUUAGGGAUCAUUUAUCCGAAAUGUACAGCAGGAUCAGUUUAUUACAUAAGAAAUAAUAAUGGCACAGGGACGCCAAGGCAAAUGCUUUGGGUUCGUCCUCUUACUUUGCUUUUUCAGUUCAACUUUCGCACGCAGGAUUCUCAAGGAUCUCCCUAUGAUGGAGCCAAGCAAGCUAGAUCUACACUAUGUAAUGAAGCCUGGGAUGGAUGUGCUACAACCUGACCACAAAGUCAAGCCUGAUCAGAUAAUGCAGACCAUGGCGAGUGAACUAGGUGACCCACCGGAUUAUCAUGAUCCUGACCAAGUAGUUAAGCCUAAUCAGAUAAUGCAGACCAUGGCGAGUGAAGCAGGUGACCCACCGGAACCUGACCACGUAGUUAAACCUAAUCAGAUGAUGCAACCCAUGGCGAGUGAACCGGAAGAACCUGACCACGUAGUUAAGCCUAAGCAGAUAAUGCAGACCAUGGCGAAUGAACCGGACGAACCUGACCACGUAGUUAAGCCUAUGGGGUAUGGUGUAGGUAGAGGAUAUGGAAGUGGUGGCUCUGGUGUUGGCUAUGGUGUUGGUUAUGGCAGUGGAGGCAGUGGCUUUGGGGAAGGAAUUGGCUCUAGUGGAGGCAGUGGCUUUGGAGAAGGAAUAGGGUCUGGUGGUGGUUCAGGUAUUGGCAUUGGAGAAGGAAUAGGGUCUGGGUCUGGCCAACCCAAUUGUGGUCCUGUAACGGGAGCUCCAGGUGAAGGGAUUGGUAUCGGUAUUGGACAGGGCUCUAGUGGUGCACCCGGUGUAGUUGUUCCAGGCACAACAAUCCCUCCCAUAGUGGUUCCAGGGGCACAGAUUCCCGGGUUUGUGAUUCCAGGAGUAACAGUUCCUGGUUACGGUGCUCCUGGUUACGGUGUUCCUGGCUGCCAAACCGGUGGCUGCAAGCCAAACCCACCACACUACUAUAACCCACCAAACUGUCCUCAUUGUCCACCUUUCACUUCAGGUCAAGACAAGCACAUGUCAGACAAAGGAACCAUGACAGAAGCUCUUGCUCCCACUUCAUCGGAGAUGCAUGCCUAAGCUUCAAGUGUCCCAUGAAACACCAGUCUAAUAAAUCACUCAUAAUGAAAUCUAUUUUGGUUUGAUAAAAUCUUCCUUCACAUAAAGUUGAAUAAGACAAUUUUACUGCCCCCAAGUAAACUUAAAUAAGGGAAAACUAUUUAAGAUCAAGUUACUCAACAGAUAUUGAUUGAGAAUUAGCCAACUGAUACUGUUACUUGUAUUUCCAUUGGCUGUAGCCAUCAACGAGUUUUAAAUCUAAUAAAAAGGCCCACAAAUCCGGUUUUAAAUGAAA